UCAGCCUAACACCUCCUGCUGCAGAGGUGCUCGUCAGACCAGUUCUCAAACAGUGUGUUAUGUGUUACUCUUAGCGGAAGCGCUCGGUGCUACAAGUUAAAACUCAACAAAAGGCAUCUGGUUCUGAAAUAAAGCUCUCACAGGAGCCCCCACGGGACGAUUGGAUGUGUUUGAGCCCAUCACUGCAAGGACAAGACGACAGCUGUGAGGCUUCAGCACGAUGGUCUCCUCUGUGAAGCCGUACAAAAACCAGCACUACGCUGACCUGAAGAAGGAUUGCAUCAGGAACAAGACGCUGUUUGAGGAUCCCGAGUUUCGAGCCACCAACGCUUCACUCUAUUAUAACAAACCACCUCCUGGUAGGGUAGAGUGGAAACGACCUGGGGAGAUAAGUCAAAAACCUCAUCUGUUUGUUGAGGGCAUCAGCUCCCAUGAUUUGAACCAGGGAGUUGUGGGAAACUGCUGGUUUGUUGCAGCCUGCUCUUGUCUGGCCUUGAAGCCAAAGCUCUGGCAGAAGGUGAUUCCUGACUGGAAGGAGCAGGAGUGGGAUGACAAACACCCCGAGAACUACGCAGGAAUCUUCCACUUUCAGUUCUGGAUCUUUGGUGAGUGGAUCGACGUGGUGGUCGAUGACCGACUCCCUACGAUCAACGGAGAGCUCAUCUACUGCCACUCGAAAGACCCCAACGAAUUCUGGAGUGCUCUGCUGGAAAAGGCCUAUGCCAAGCUCUCUGGCUGCUAUCAGUCCCUUGAGGGCGGAAACACUGGUGAUGCUGUGGUGGAUUUCAGUGGAGCUGUAUCUGAAGCCAUCAGCCUAGAGGAAGGGCAAUUUUAUAAGGACCAAGGAAAACAAGACAAGCUUUUUGAUGACCUGCUGAAGGUGUACGACCGAGGAGGAAUCAUAAGCUGCUCCAUCAGGGCACAGCCUCAUGAAAUUGAGCUCAAGAUGAUGAACAGGCUGGUGAAAGGCCAUGCGUACUCAGUAACUGCAGUGAAGAGGGUUCGUUUGGGUCAUGGGCUGCUGGCCUACUUCAAGAAUGAAACCAUUCCUCUGAUCCGUAUGAGAAAUCCCUGGGGUAAGAUUGAAUGGAAAGGAGCCUGGAGUGACAGUUCUGAGGAAUGGGCAAAGGUUGGUGACACAGAGAGGCAUAACCUUGGCAUCACAGUGGAAGAUGAUGGAGAGUUCUGGAUGUCAUUUACAGACUGGUGCAAGUUCUUCACUGAUGCAGACGUGUGCCGUGUCAUGAAUACUUCAUUGAUUAGCGUCCAUAAGACUUGGCAUGAGUACGUGCACUUUGGCAGCUGGGCCAAAAAUGCUGACCCACUUCUAAACCGCUGUGGCGGCUGUGCUAACCACAAACAGACAUUCCUGCAGAACCCACAGUAUUUAUUUGAUGUGACAAAGGAGACAGAUGAGGUCCUCAUCUCGUUGCAACAGAGAGAUAUGAAAAUCCACAGACCUCAAGGUCACGGAGAAAACCUUACCAUUGGCUUUGGCAUCUUUAAGGUGGAGCUGAACAGGAAGUACCGUUUACAUGACAUUCUGACCCAAAAGUGUGUAAAUACGUCAACCUACAUCAAUGCUCGGACAGUGUUCAUGAGGAUCAAUCUGACUCAGGGCCGAUAUGUCAUCUUCCCCACCACCUUCCAGCCUCAUACGCUGGGCGAUUACAUGCUCCGGGUUUUCACUGAUGUGGAGUCCGGCUGCAGGGAGCUGACAGCGGACAAGCCACAGGUAAAAUGCUGGAGUUCAAUCAUUGGUUACCCACAAGCUGUGUCUCAUGUCUAUGUACAUUCAGCUGAGGGGCUGCAGAACCAGGACCGCACAGGAGGUGCAGACCCCUACGUGAUCAUAUCAUGUGAGGGCAAGUCAGUCAAAUCCACCAUCCACAAUGACACCUUAAACCCAGAGUUUGCAACUAGCGGUGUUUUCUACAGGAAAAAGCUGAGCAAGCCCAUAACUGUGCAGGUGUGGAACAGCAACGCAGUGAAGGAUGAAUUUAUGGGCCAAGUCGUGUUGUCCGGAUCAGUGAACGACCCCACUGAACCUCAGAGGCUUCAGCUCAGAGAUCAAGGACGGCAGAUGCCCGGCAUCAUCGGCCUAAGGAUCGUCACCUCGGUUCAGCUGACUGCCAUAUGACCGGAGAGAGGGCUGAAUCCUUUCUCAGCUCCAACGUGAACAUAUUGUGUAACUUAUUUGACAAGCAUCAAAACCAGCAGCGGGAUGCACUUAUUUGUAUGAAGGUGAAUUUAUGUGAGCAGGGUACUGUCACAGGACAAACUGAAAAUCUCUCUCUUUUCGUUACUUUUAAUCUUUUUUUUUUUAAAAUUCAUGCUUUUAUAAGUUAUAUAUAAGGUUUUUAUUUUGAUGUGUUUGUAACCCCGAUUAUUCUGAUACGACACUGUGAGAAACAUGGCAGUAUUUGUCCUUUAGGCCUCACAGUUACCAAGAUUGCGGCCUGUACAGUCGCCUUUUUGCAGAGUAACAUGUUAAAUGCUACACCUGGUGUUACACGUAUGCAUUCCUCUUCUGUUUCUUUCCUCCAGCAGUUUACAAUCAUGGUUAAUUCUCAUGAGUACUAAGAAAAUCCUCAAUGGAACAAAAAUUAAAAGAAAUCCUAAGACCAAACACUGCUACGACUCUGGUUUUCUUCCUCUUUUUAUUUCAGUCCAGUUCCCAAACUGCAAUAUUUUGUUGUUUUUUUUUCCUUCAGUUUUUUUUUGUUUUUUGGACACUCAAGACACAGCCAUGCACAAUUCAAAGUUCAAAAAGUCUAUUGCUUCAACCACAAUUAAAAAUAGUUUAUCCAAAACCUCAUUUCCCCUUCACUCAUUUGUCCGUUUCCAAAGAUGAGGGAAGGCCUGCUGAGGUAUGCCAGAUGGAUCAGCAGUUUUACAAAGCUAGACAAUAAUAAGAGUAGUAGUAAUAAUAAUAAUCAUAAUAAUAAUAAAGAUAAUAAUUUAAAAAGUAACAUUUUUUGUCUUUGUUCCAUUCUCUUGAUACACAUUAAUAGAGGAAUUUUCACACCACGUGUACAGGUUUACACAUUCAGAAGAUAGGAAUGUACAGGAGCAACCACAGAAAAGGGGGCACGUCAGCGGUGUCUCUCGUCCCGAAAUUCACCUUUGUGCUCAUAGUUCAGACCUGUACAUGGGGCAGAGGCCAGAUGUCCCAGGGCUGGCGAAGCUUCCUAACAGGCCACCCACACCUACCCACGCGCACUCACACACGCACACACACGCACAAACACUCAGCAGUGGUAUUCAGGACAGACUGUGUGGGCCCGCACACAGAGUGCUGCAUUCAUCGGCUCUCUGUCCGGAUGAAGGAGUGUCCGAUAAAGCCCAAACAGGAGAGGUGGAUCCAGGAGUGCAGAGACGGCGUUUGUGUGUUUGCUUUUCUCUCUUUUUUUCUCUCUUCUAUUUCCAGGGUGCAAAACAAUUAUCGAUACAUACCGUAGAGCAACCUGAAUAUUGUCGUUUUAGGUUACAUAGUUAUGAAAAAAAAAAGGGGGUUCCCGUCGUAUUUACAUA